AUGAACCAUCGAGCUCACAGCACUGAGCUCCCGACUCUUGCUCGCAGUGGCUUUCGCUCUUCCUAUAGUCGUUUACAUGGCAAGUUUCGUCAAAUUCCACAAUCUGUACUUAUUGUAAUAGUGUUGGUCGUCCUUGGUCUGCUCGUCGUGACAGCCGAUUUCGUGUUUAUAUGGCAAGCCACAUCAGGUACUGAAGGUCAAGACCAUGUAGCAAUUUUUCAGGAGAAUAAUAGGAAUCCAUUGGGGCAAAAAUUUGAUAGGAUACCGCUGGUUGAUAAUCCGGUUAUUUCUUCCAGGAAUAUGAAGCAUAUGGAGAAGCAGCUCGUGUACACGCUUCACAGGAUAGCGCAAAACACAAGUGAGAAGCGUGGUAUUGUGCUGCCAAUGUUUGACAAAAUUGCAACGUGGGGAGUAUCGCAGAUAAUGCAACUACGAGCGAUGAAUGUAACGCUGCCAGUUGAAGUACCACAUUGUGGGGAUUGGAACGUAUUAAGGCAACGCGCAGUACUCGAGAAGGAAGAUUUGGGUAUUAUUCGUUUCUAUGAUUUUGAGGAGAUUAUGCUCCUUGAUGCUGACACGUUGCUUUUUGAAAGCCCAAUGAUGCUUUGGGAGACGGAAAAGUAUCGCACGACUGGUACGCUAUUCUUCCACGACCGUCUGAGUCAGGAGAACCAAUAUUUGGGUAAACGGAUUGGUAAAAAUGCGCAUGUGAGCAGACUGAAUCAAUAUAUUUCGCAGUUUGAUGUGGCAUAUUUUGCACCGCUAAGAAAUAUUGAGCGACCAAAAGCAACAAGCAAGAACAAGAUUCCAGUGAGCUUGAAUAAUUACUCGCCUAGCGAGCACCUACUAACAAGCCACUCGUGGAACCAGCGCGCAGGCCACGAGAUGGACUCGUCGUUGGUGUUGUGGAACAAGAAGCGGCAGCCGCGAGCAACUGCGAUUCUGGCAGCAUUUAUGGCAGGAAACGGUAUCAGAGGACCCCCAUCCUAUGGCGACAAGGAAUUGUUCUUCAUAGCCGCUGAGCUUGCUGAAACGCAAUACGCCUUUUCUGAUUUUGGAGUAGGUAGCUUUGGCUGGGAUUUUCGUGAUAAUGGCCCGGGCAAAUCGGUUCUCUGUGGUUGUGCCAUGCACUACUACCCGGUGAAAUCUAUGAACACUAGUGAUCUUGUCAACACAAGCUUGCUAUAUGUGAACUGUGAAGACCCAUUUGUGGAGGACGGUUUUACUAAAAAACCUAUCUACUACACUCAAGCGCGGUUGUACGAGGUAUAUGCCGGUUCUUUCAAAAAGCAUAAACUUUCACAGGAAUGUCCUUUUGAUAUCACGGGCGUACGUUUAACCUCUGCGCAGGAAGACUUGAUUUUGAUGCGUCAACGCUUUAUUAAGAUUGCUAAGGCCAUAAUGGGAUGA